AUGGCGACUAUACAUUCCGUGCAAUCUAGCACAUCUCAAAGUUCUAAUCAAUUGAGACUGGAUAAUGAAGAAAAAGAAACAGAUGCAGGCGAUAGUGAGCGAAAAUAUACGAACCAAAAAGACCUUGAUCAACACCAAUUAAAUUAUUACGAUAGUCGAUCUAUUAAAUGUUCGUUUUGUCAAGAACUUCAACCAUCAUCAUCUGCUCUAAGUGCUCAUUUAAUGUUAUGUGGAAAUAAAACUGAUAAAUGUCCAAAUUGCCGUAAAUUUAUACGAAGAGCUAUUUUCGCCUAUCAUUAUGAAAAUAACUGUGCUAACUUGGAAGAAACAGACACUCCUAUUCCUCGAUUUAGAGAUUCAUCAGCACAUCGUCAUUCUUCAAAAUCCAACAGACCAGCAUCACGACAGAAUGACACCAAUGAUCACGAUCAAGAAGAUGGCAGUGGUUAUAUUUCUCCGAAUAGUCGAACAAAACCAUUAAAUGAAAUUUCAUCAUCGGCUUUAAACAAGAUUCGUCCAUCAGCAAAUAGACAUCGCAAUUCACAAGAUAUUGUUUAUAUUCCCUGUGAAAUUUGCAAUGAACAGAUUGAUUUACGUUAUUGGUCGCCUCAUACUCAAGACUGCCGAGAACAAGAAAUUUGUCGAAUAGAAGCUCUUGCUGAAACAAUAAAUCGAAAAUCUGUAACUGAAAAACUUCCUUGUGAAUAUUGUGAAGAAUUAUUGGCGGUAGAACAACUUCGAACUCAUGAAAUAAUUUGUCGAAAGAAUCCUGAUAAUAUAAUUCGAGCAACUAAACUUAUUAAGCCUCAACCAUUAUCAACAGUUGCUCUUACAAACAAGUCGUUAAAAACUGACAAAGAUCCAACAUUGUUAUUAACUUAUUCUUCUCUUCAACCGACGUUAACACCAGCUUACAAUUAUUCAUCAUUAUCCACAGAUAUUUAUAAUCGAAUUAAUGAUCGGGAACGUACUACAAGAUUAGAAAAUGGGCAUGCUUCAUCUCAUGUAAACAUCAACGUUCUGAGAACUAAUGAAACUCUGAAACUACGUCAUACUGAUAUCUCACCUCAAACUUUUAACGAGCAAUCAACAUUCAAGCAACGUAGAGCAACUAAUGGUUUGGAUUUACAUUUAAUAAAUUCUUCUCGCGAUGUUUCUGCCUACGAUACGUUGCCUGGAUUACAAAUGAGUCAUCGUUCGAGUAGUGCUCUAUCAUUAUCAAAUAGAAUACCUAGCGCUACGUCAUUUGAGAGAAAGUCAGAAUAUCGUAGACCUAUGCCUCGAUUAGGAGGAUUAGCGAGUAUUGACUCUUCACAUGGGCGGUCAGCUUCAACAAACUUCUUGGAUGCACGAGGCAGCACUCGUUCAUACGGUGUAAAAGUUGCUCAUCAUUCUCAAGAUAAUAAUGAUAUCGCUUUUCAUAGUCCUCGGAUUGAAGACCGACAUACCAUGGCCAAUGAACAACUAACAAAUCGUAAUAGACAAGAAAUGUCUACAAACAAUGAAUCAAAUAGCAUUCAAAAUUCUGAUAAAAGUAAAAAUGCAAAAUCAUCCAAAGGAAUUAGUAUUCCUAUUCAAAUAGUUUCAUCAAUUACAUUAGGCAUUAUAUUUGGUUUUUUAAUGAAUAAAGCAAAUAUAUAUCUUGCUCCAAUGAUUCGGGAACAAAUGCUAUUUACACGCUUAGCAAUGAUUAAAAUGUUUCUUGCUGCUGUUGGAACGUCAAUGUUAACUGUAGUCGUUGUUAUUCUUAUUAAUGAAUCAACCUAUAGAAAUGUUUUUAGUGGAUUUAUUAAACGUAACGAGCGUAUUAAUGCUUUUCAACUUGUUUUGGGUGGAAGUCUUAUUGGAGUCGGUAUGGUUCUUGCUGGCAGUUGUCCAGGAACAAUAUUUGUUCAAAUUGGUUCUGGUCUAAGAAAUUCUCUUAUCACAAGUCUUGGUGCUAUCUGUGGAGUUUUGUUUUAUUAUCUAUUUCUUAAUAAACAUUUGACAAAACAUGAACUGCCAAAAUCAUCAAUAGUUCUACAGCAACUUCCAGAUUUAAUUGGUAUAAAACGUAUUUAUUUGAAUUUAAUAUUUGGUGUAAUAUGUAUUAGUAUUGCAUUUAUUCUUGAAUAUUUUGUUCCCUAUAAAUAUGAUUUAAUGAAAUUAAGUGGGCUUCGUAGUGUACAAGGUUGGUCACCAGUGUUAUGUGGUAUUGGUAUUGGAUUAUUGCAAUUAUUUUUUAUGAUUUUAUUUCAAAAAUCAUUAGGUAUAUCAACAGGAUUUUCAGUAUUAGUUGCACAAAUAUGUCGUGUACAAUUUUUUAAACAAUUAAUACCAUCGUUAGAAUCAUUCACUUAUGGAAUACAAAAUAGUUUGACAUUAUUAUUUGCAUUUGGAGCUAUCGUAGGAAGUUUUAUUUCGACAGUUUUAACACAUCAAUUUCCUUUAAAUGAAAAAUAUGGUGCAAAUGCUUGGAAUAGCUUUUUUGGAGGAUUUUUGCUAUUAGUUGGUGCGCGUUGUGCUGGUGGUUGUACAAGUGGACAAGGAAUAUCUGGUGUUUCUCAUCUUUUGAUUGGUUCUCUCAUUGCAACUGCAGCAAUGUUUGGUGGUGGAAUACUUUUUGCUAUAAGCUAUGGAUUAAUAACAAACGACUGGCAAUUUCAUGCUUUGUAA